AUGAGCAGCAAGGAAUAUUUAUUGUGCAUUUAUUUAUUGAAUCUCAGCUUUCUACUUUCGGAUGCUAGGCAAGUGGCGAGCUUUGGGGAAAUUUUAGGAAAUGUAAGCGACGUAUCGCAACACCCAUGCAAACGACCAUGUCGAGAUGACGAGCCAGCCAGAAUAUGUCGCUACGAAUUCGUCGUAGAAAAGUUCAGUACGAUGAGCAAGGCCUGCUACGAUUGCCCGCAAAACCUGGCCGAUUGCUACAGGCCCGAUUGUCUGCCAGGAGAUGGUCAGAGAAAAACAAUCGUCGUGGCUAAUCGACAACUACCCGGACCCACGAUCGAGGUGUGCGUGAACGAUAGGAUAAUCGUCGAAGCGCGCAACAAAAUGCGAACCGAAGUUAUGACCUUGCACUGGCACGGGGUCGAUCAAAAAGGUACACCCUACAUGGACGGAGUGCAUCACGUAACCCAAUGCGGCAUUUUGCCGGGAGAAAAGUUCGUGUACGAUUUCACCGUAACCGAAAGUGGGACUUUGUUCUGGCAUUCGCACAUCGGUUCCUUGCGAGUCGACGGCCUCACCGGAGCGAUGAUAGUACGCGAGGGACCCAAACGCGACGUUCACCGAAAACUCUACGACGUCGACGAGCACAUCAUGGUACUCAUGGACUGGAUGAAGCGUCCCAGCGGUACGGCAACGGUCAAGGAGUACUACGAGGUGCCCAAUGUCAAGCCAGAGUCCUUCCUCAUCAAUGGUCUUGCGAGAAACAAGCCUUUUUCAGCAUCCCCCUGGAGCUUGGGCUUGCCGAUUUACACGCCUUUUGCCGUUUUCAAUGUUGAGCAAGGCAAAAGAAAUAGAUUUCGAGUAAUCAACGCUGGUGGCAGGCCAUGCGCCAUAGAAAUGUCCAUUGAUCAGCACCCUUUGCAAGUCAUAAGUUUAGAUGCCAACGACAUCGAACCGAUUGAAGUCGACGCAAUAACUUUAUUUCCUGGUGAGAGGAUCGAUUUCGUCAUCAAUCCAGACAAGCCAGUCAACAAUUAUUGGAUAAGAUACAAAGGACAUGGAGCUUGCGCUGGCCUGCACCAAGUAACUCUACUGAGGUACAAAGGCGCCAAUAAUAAUACUUUGUACGAUCCUCUGAGUUACAAGCAAAAAUUAGACGAUAAAAAUAUAAGAAUCUUGAAUCCAAAUAUUAGAGGCAAUAUUUCGAUAAGUUCUAAAGAGGUGCGCAUACUGGACUUGAAAUCCAUAAAACCAAAUGAUAUCACAUUGAAAAAGAAAGCUGAUGUGCAGCUGUACAUUAAUUUUGAUAUCUAUCAUUUGGAUCACGAUGAUUAUCAUCGAAAAGGACUUUAUGGAUAUUACGAUGUUGACAAAAAGUAUCGAGCUGGCUCGUUGCAGAUGAACAACAUAAAUUUCAUGCUUCCACCUUUUCCUGUGCUGUCGCAGCAAGAUAUGAUCGGACCGAAAACGUUCUGCAACGCGACUUGGAACUUGCCCAAGGCUGACUGUAUUAAAGAGCAAUGCUCUUGCACUAAUCUCUUACGAGUUGAACUCAAUCGAGUUGUGGAACUCAUUCUCGUUGACGAAGGCCAGUACGAGGCUCUGAACCACGCUAUGCACCUGCAUGGAUUUUAUUUCCGAGUCGUGGCAGAGGAGCAGCUCGAAGGACGAGUGACAAUCGAUCGAAUCAAACAGUUGGAUCGACAAGGGAAAAUCAAACGUAAUUUGGACAGGCCGCCCCUCAAAGACACCAUGAAAGCACCCAGCAACGGCUUUAUUAUCGUCAGAUUUUUCUCCGAUAAUCCUGGAUACUGGUUUUUCCAUUGUCAUUACGAGCACCAUACGUCCAAUGGUAUGGCUCUUUUGUUCAAGGUCGGAGAGCACUCGGAUUUUCCACCGGUGCCUAAAAACUUUCCAAAGUGUGGUUGGCUAUCAUCGUCAAAAUAGGUCAUUUUUCUGAUUCUACGGAGUUUUCUUCGUCGGA